GUGGCGAUGCGGGGCGGUGGGUCUGCGCUGCGGGCGGCGCUGCGGGCAGCGGCCGGGGGCGGCCGGGCCGGGUCCUCACAGUCUCCCGGGCUGACAGUGGAGGAGAGGAACCGAGUUUUACUGGAUCUCAAAGCUGCGGGCUGGGCUGAGUUACGCGAAAGAGAUGCCAUCUACAAAGAGUUCAAUUUUAAAAAUUUUAAUCAGGCUUUCGGAUUUAUGACGCGUGUUGCUCUACAAGCAGAGAAGAUGAAUCACCACCCAGAAUGGUUUAAUGUCUACAGCAAGGUUCAAAUAACUCUGAUUUCCCAUGACUGCGGUGGACUGUCCAAGAGAGAUGUGAAGCUGGCUCAGUUUAUUGACAAAGCUGCUGCCUCGGUGUAACCAAGAUGAGAAAGGCUUUUAUACAGUGUCCACUAAUAUUUUGUAUUUAAAUGGUAUCCCCGUUCCUUGUAACUCUUGAUUUCACAAAACCCCUGAGACAAAACAUUUUGUAAAAGGAGUGACUUAGCUUUGUUGGUCUUUGAGACCUCAGACUGAAACCCCUCUGCAUGUCUGUGCUUGUCCUUUGCCAUUGCUGGCUCUGCCUGAGGAUAUAGCAGAUAAACCACCAACAGAUAAGUUUGAACAAUCCUACUCCAGAAAGUAAAACCAACUGGAAUGAAAGCAGGAGCCCACCCACACGCGUUGGUGUUCCUCGAGCCCCCAGAAGCUGAGCCCGGUGGCAGCUACUGUGCAAGCGUGCUCUGUGCCCAGCCACUUCCCUCCUAUAGUUCUGUACAUCCCUGCAUUUCAGACAACGUAAAACCAUCCAGGCCAGGUCAGUCCCCUCUGGUUUGGUACCUCAGUCUCUGCCGGUGACCAGUGGCAAGUGCAAGGGACACUGGUGAGAGCAACACAAGCAGCUUAUGAUGCUUCCUUGAAGUUGCAGCUCAACCAGCAGUUACAGCUUUGCGUUUUGGUGUUUAUUUUGUGCUUAUCUGAUAGCUCCUCAAACCCAUCUGCCCUUCUGGUAUCCACAACCUAGCAGCUAUAUCCACCAGAAGUCUUGCUAUGUGCUUGAGAACCAACUGAGACGCAGGGCCGCAUCCUGCAGUUGCUGAAAACUUUAGCUCUGGUCCAGCAAAUAUAAAAAAAAAUCCCAGUGAGCUUCUGGCACUCACAUCAUUAAAUGAAACCUGUGCUUAAGUGCUUGGCUGGGCUGUGUUAGUGCUCAGCACCUUGCAGGAUCACGCCGUUGUUUGUGUUGUAACGCUCCUCUGCCUUCCAGAUCGGGGAAGGGGUAGCUUGGCUGAGCGCCCGGAGCCACUGGCCGGAGCUGCCGGCGGUGAAAGAAGCGGCAUUAGCAGGAUUCUUGCUAAGCUGGGCUCGGCUGAAGCUAUGCUCACCCUUUUCUUUCUUCGUAGCCACAAUUACUCAUCGCAAAUGUUGCUCCAAGAGCUGCACAUCCCACUGAUGAGGCUUAAAAUAAUUUCUUUCAUGGUUUAAAAGUCUUUGGGUUUAUCCUAUGAUCCUCACUGCUGCCGGCAGGGAGAUUUCAGCCUGUGUCAGGCUUACAGAAGGGCCGCUCGCUCUGCUGUGCCGCUGCGAUGUCCCUGCGAGGAGCUCUGGGUGCGGAGCUCCCGGGAGACUGACACCUCCGAAAUGCCUGAGUGCAUCGCUCGAAUGACACUGGCGGCGCAGCUACUGAGAAGUGAGAUACUGAAGUGAGCACCAAAAUCUAUAUCGGGUGUGUAUGCGAGAUGUGUGGUCGCUCAGAUAUUUGGGAUGCAAAAUGCCACCAGCUGCCACGCAAGGAUUCGCGUGGAUAAAGUGGAAAGGUAUUUUGGGUUAAUCCUUAGCAAGUGCGCUGCCACAUGCUAAUUGGUCGCAGGCAGUGUGAUGUUGGGGUUUAUUGUUUGUAACCAUCCUUGGGAGAGCAAGUUAAUACCUACAAACACCCAAAUUCAAGCUACGUGCUCAAAUGUUCUUUUCUUACAAGUGCCUUUCCCCAGCGAAGCGGCACAUUUCCCUGAUAUGGUUUGAAAAUGGUCACUGGUGUGAGGAAUGAGUAAAACUGAAACAAACGAGCAGGCUGUGAUGUCUCCGGUUACUGGUGGGGAAGUGAAACGAGCUUCACCCAAAGUUUUGACAACAUCUCUGAUGAACUGUGAAAACUCUGUUGUUCGAAGUUGAUAUAUGAGGCAUGCGCUGUGAAUCAAACCAAUAAAAUCAAAUUCCUCCUUUGUAA